AUACAGAAAGUCUAUAAUUAAUUUGCAGUCUUCAGAAUUUUUAUUUAUAGAAAAUAUUUACAUCUUAAUAAUAAUUUUACUGUAAUGUCACUCUUUAUUUAAUCUAAGGAUUUAUACGCCCUCAGUUUCUCUAUCAGAAGUGUAGAUGUCAGGCCACUCAAUCGGAGGUAAUCCUGUAAGAUCGUCCAUCCAAUGAGUGAUUGUGUACGGGUCGACCAAUCUGGGGGGUAUUCCAGAAAGCUUGAUUAACUUACCAUUUGAUAAACUAUAACCUCUGGGUUGAUUUACCCCAAACAGGCAUACCAUGAGUAUGUCGGUUCCAAAACACCUGAGAAGAGUUAGUUUAAUCAACCUCUUACUGGUUACCCAGAGUUAAUGCGCGUGCACGGUGCAUGUAUAAAGACAUUUUCAAAAGAUCGCCGAUUUCACGAGUCACCAUGGAAACUCAAAGCGAAAAAAAGAGAGCGGCGUAUUUCACAGAGGAGUUGGAAGUUUUAAUGUAUGCUUGUGAGGAGUUUGAGCCAAUAAUAUAAAAAAGAAGCAAUACAGCUGCAUCGGCUAAAGCAAGAGAGUUGGCUUGGCAAAAAAUAACGGACAGAGUAAAUGCGUGAGUGUAUUAAAUUACAAAUUUGGUAUUUGCUCCCGUUUUAUUGAAAUGCAAAAUAAUGAAGUAUGACUUAUACAUCCUUUUGAAUAUGUUAAAUCACUAUGAAAGCAUUUACUUUUCCUGCCAUUUAUUUCUUUAGCUUGAAAUAAUAAUGUAUAUUUCUUAUUUAAUAAGGUGUAAUCCUUCUGGAGCCACAAGAACUUUAAGCCAAGUCAAAAUGAAACACAAAAACAUUCUGCAAAAAGCUAACAGAAAGAAGACUGAAGCCCGUCUAACUGGCGGGGGGCCACCACAACCUCCCCUCACCCCAUCUGAGGAGCUGGCUCUAUCCCUUAAUAAAGGGCGACCAGUGGUUGCUGGCAUUCCAGGGGGCAGUUCAUCACACAUACUAUGCACCACAAGUGAUGGUGAAAAAAGGGUGAAAUAUACUGAUGGACGGAUUGUAUUAUUGGACUCUCCAGAAAGAACACAGUCUGUCACAGUUGAUGAAGAUGAUGAUGACGAUGAAGAGACCACAUCUGCUGUGACAGAAGUGGACAAUGCUGGUAGAUCCACUGAGUACAUACCUAGGGAUUUGCCCACAGAUGAGGGUCCUUCAGCCUCAGCACACAAUCUAAGCAGGUUGCCAGCAAAGGAGCUGUAUAAGGUCCAUCUUCAAAAACAAAUAAGAAAAAGUGACAUGGAGAUGGACCUUAUACAGCUUCAAAUGGAAGAGAAAAGGCUCCUCAUUAAAAACGCAGCACUUGAAAUAGAAUUACUUGAGAAUCGCCUUAAGGUGAGAACUUGUCUGAAUAUGAAUCUGUUGCAUGUUAAAAGUGGUCCGUCUGUCUGUCUGUGUCUGUCUCUAUCUAUCUAUCUAUCUAUCUGUAUCUAUGUAUGUAUGUGUAAAGCAAUAUAAAAAAAAACAUUUUAAUGAAUUUUACUUUUACUGUUUUUCUGGAAAUGAAGAAAUAAACUGCCUGGCAGACCAUUGCCAAAAAAACUAAUAAAAGUAAUUUUGACAAAUCCUGUCUCUCAAAAGUCUUCCGUCUCUGUUGGCCUCUAAAAUCUGUCGGUGUUCCUCUGGGCCAUCUUCCUCAAUACAAGGAGGGUGGCUCUCUCCUCUUAUAGUGGCAAUAUUGUGAAGCACAACACAAGCCCCAAUAAUGUUGCAUGCCCUCUCUGGACUAACCCGGAGCCUACGCAGACACUGAAACCGAGAUUUGAGGAUCCCUAUAGUCAUCUCCACCUUGGCACGUGUUCGGCUGUGAGACAGGUUAAACCGUGUCUGUGGUCCAGGCUCAGGUUCAGGGUAGGGUGUCAUUAAAUAGGGCAGACAAGGGUAUCCUCUGUCCCCCAGCAAGUAACCAUUGUACUGUCCUGUAAUGAUUGAAGUGUACAACACAAAUAUAGUAAAAAC